CGAGGAAGUCUACUACAAUGCGGUCUAUUGUUUCCGAGUAUAGGUUUAAGCGAUGCUAAGCCUCCUUCAGCGUAGUUAGUCUGCCUGAUCGGCAUCGGCGGCGACGGUCUUUGCGCUUGGCUCGAGGCGAGGAUUCUGCGCAUGACCCUCGCAAGUCAGUGUAACGCGGCUUAUCGGAUAUCUGACCGGUGAACCGGCGAACGGGGAAGAAGUCCGAUAACUAAACAUGCGAUAAGAACUACGUAGGACUGAUCUGACCGAUAAGGCAGGCACGGGACAUUUGGGCCUGUUGAGCUGCUCGAUCUAUAAAAAACCCUUGCUGAGCCAGUUUGAGCGGGGAACACAAACCCCUCUUUCUUCAUCAUACCCCUUUCCAGAAUCCUGGUUUGAACCCAACACAAAAUGGGCGUUUCCGACGAGAUUGCGACUCCCGUCGCAAGAUCCCUUGACAAUAAUGGCUCCGAUAUCAUCCAGGUCCAGGAUGCCGACGAAUUGCGAUUGGCCCAAAUGGGUGCGUUUCACCAAGCCAAAGCUUCUACUAUGCGACGGGGGGUGAUGCUGAUUGACAACUAUUGGUCCAUUCAUCAGGGCAUAAACAGGAAUUGAAACGACAUUUCUCUGUGUGGAGCUUGAUCGGUCUGGCUGCGAACUGUACUAUAUCUUGGACUGGUGAGUUGAUCACUCAAAGGGUUCAAGGUGUCGAUGAAUCUAACGUCUCAAGGUCUCGGGCUCGGGCUUAUUACAUCCAUCAAUGCGGGCGGUCCUGGUGCUUUGAUUUACGGGUUCAUUCUGGUUUUCAUCCUUCAGUGCUUCCUGGGCGCCUCCCUUGCAGAAUUCGUCUCGGCAUAUCCUGUUGAGGGUGGGAUGUAUCACUGGAUUGCUGCAAUUGCUCCCAAGCGUUACAAUAGCCUUCUGAGCUUCGCAACUGGCUGGAGCACAGUGUUCGGAUGUACGUAACUGGCGGUUUCUGACUGCCCGUUGCAUUUUGGGAGCUAAUUGAAUUAGGGAUCUUCACAACGGCUUCAACAAACCUUAUCUAUGCUUCUACCUUUAUGGCGCUGAUCGCGCUAUACAAGACGGACAUGGUGCUUCAGCCCUGGAUGACGUUUGUAGCUUAUCAGGGUCUAAACAUCCUCACUUCAAGCGUUGUCAUGUUUGGCAAUCGCUACAUCCCUAUCAUAAACAAGUUUUCAUUGGUUUAUCUCCAGCUCGCAUGGUUUGUCACCAUGGUCACGGUGGCCGCAGCGGCCCCAACUCAUAACGAUGAGAAAUUUGUUUUUCGAACCUGGAUGAACAAUACUGGCUGGGACAAUAAUGUUAUAUGCUUCAUUACUGGUCUUGUGAAUCCGCUGUAUGCCCUCGGUGGACUGGAUGGAAUCACUCAUAUCACCGAAGAGAUGCCAAAUCCAGGGAAAAAUGCCCCUUUGGCCCUAGCCUGCACUCUGAUCAUCGCUUUUGUUACUGGUCUGUCUUAUAUGCUUAGCCUCAUGUUCUCCGUGCAAGACUAUGGAAGUUUGGCAGAUACACCAACCGGUCUACCGUUGGCAGAAAUCUUUCGUCAAGCAACUCAAACACGUGGUGGUGCAUUCGGCCUUGUUUUCCUAGUAUGGGUGGCUUUGGGGCCAUGCAUGCUUGGAGCUCAGCUCAGCACAGGAAGAAUGUUUUGGGCAUUUGCUCGAGAUGGCGGCCUUCCCUUUUCAGGGGUUUGGUCCAAGGUUCAUCCGCGAUUGGGCUCUCCGUUCAACGCACAGCUGUGUGUUACUGUCAUUGUGGCACUUCUAGGGUGUAUCUACCUAGGUUCGAGUACAGCCUUCAAUGCGAUGAUGAGUUCCGCUGUAACCAUUAAUAACAUCGCAUAUCUGGUUCCAAUCCUGACGAAUGUACUCCUUGGCCGCAAGACGAUGCACAGAGGCCCUUUUUUCUUGGGUUCUAUUGGCGGUAUGACGGUCAACAUUGUAACGAUUGCGUGGCUGGUGUUUGCAAUCGUUUUCUUUUCGUUCCCAUUCUAUAUGCCAGUGACAGCAUCUAACAUGAACUACACUUGUGCAUGUGUCGGGGGGUUCCUGGUCAUUGAGUUGGCAUGGUGGCUCGUCGCUGGAAGGAAAUACUCCAAGAAUAUGCAAAAGGCAAAGGAAGAGGAACAGAAUGCUGCUCGAGCUGUGAUUGUCAACCCAGAAGACAAGACUUAAGAUGUAGUUGGUACCCUGUGUGGUUGAUCAUAUGAAUGGGCCAAUAUCUCUGCGCUCCAAUUGGUCUAUGCCUGAGGUUCUAUGCUUGACUGUCCGAAAACUUAUGAUGUGGUACUUCGUUCAAUCUUUCCUCCUCGUUGCAAUUGUAGGUAAGCUUUUUGGAUGCCGGAGGUGCCAGCUUCCAAGCAUCUCGC